AGGAGAGGAGUCCGAGGGCGUGGCCUUUGGUUAGCUCCGCCCCUCCAAGCGGGAGGGCGGACAGGCUGAGGAAGACGUGGAGGGCGUGGCCUUUGCGAAGCCCCGCCCCGGUGAGGCAAAAUUGUGCGCGCGGUUGCCGGCGCGUCUUCCCAAAAUGGGGAGGAGGAAGCGGAAGCGGCCAAGCCGAGCAGACACUUCCUCGAAAAUCGAGGCCGGGCUUCGCGGGCGGCGGUAGGCCGCAGUGAGGAUCCUGGUGAGGAAGGAAGAGGGAGGCGAGGCUGCCGCGCGACUAGGCCUGCGGCCUCCAGGAUGAAGCUGCUGCGGAAGGACAUGGAGAAGGACAACGCGGGGCAGGUGACGCUGGUGCCGGAGGAGCCGGAGGACAUGUGGCACGCCUACAACCUGCUGCAGGUGGGGGACAGCCUGCGGGCCUCGACCAUCCGGAAGGUGCAGACGGAGUCGUCGACGGGGAGCGUGGGCAGCAACCGCGUCCGCACCACGCUGACCCUCUGCGUGGAGAGCAUCGACUUCGACUCGCAGGCCUGCCAGCUCCGCGUCAAGGGCACCAACAUCCAGGAGAACGAGUACGUCAAGAUGGGCGCCUACCACACCAUCGAGCUGGAGCCCAACCGGCAGUUCACGCUGGCCAAGAAGCAGUGGGACAGCGUGGUGCUGGAGCGGAUCGAGCAGGCCUGCGACCCGGCCUGGAGCGCCGACGUGGCGGCCGUGGUGAUGCAGGAGGGCCUGGCCCACGUCUGCCUGGUCACGCCCAGCAUGACCCUCACCCGCGCCAAGGUGGAGGUCAGCAUCCCCCGCAAGCGCCGGGGCAGCUGCGCCCAGCACGACCGCGCCCUGCUGCGCUUCUACGAGCAGGUGGCCCAGGCCCUCCAGCGCCACGUCAACUUCGAGGUGGUCAAGUGCGUGCUGGUGGCCAGCCCCGGCUUCGUCCGGGAGCAGUUCUGCCAACACAUGUUCCAGCAGGCCCUGAAGGCCGACAACAAGCUCCUCCUCGAGAACAGGAACAAGUUCCUCCAGGUACACUCUUCUUCUGGACAUAAAUAUGCAUUGAAAGAAGUUCUGUGUGAUCCUGCUGUGACGAGUAGACUUGCUGAUACUAAAGCAGCCAGUGAAGUGAAGGCCUUAGAUGAUUUCUACAAGAUGUUACAACACGAACCGGACCGAGCUUUUUAUGGCCUUAAGCAUGUGGAAAAGGCCAAUGAAGCCAUGGCUAUUGAUACCUUAUUGAUAAGUGAUGAACUUUUUAGACAUCAAGAUGUGGCUACUCGCAGCCGAUAUGUUCGACUAGUAGAUAGUGUGCGGGACAACAUGGGCACUGUUCGCAUUUUCUCUAGUCUGCAUGUGUCUGGGGAACAGCUUGGACAGCUGACAGGUGUAGCUGCUAUUUUGCGUUUUCCUGUAGCUGAGGUCUCUGAUCAAGAGGAGGAAUCUAGUUCUGAAGAAGAUUGAUGAUGGUGAUCCAUUGCAUCUUACCAUAGAAUAAAUCUGCAACAGUGGGGAAAAGGGGAAUCUGUUUCUACCAUGAUUAUACACAUCUGUACCAUGUGUUACUGAAAUGAGAAUACUAUUUUUUUAAGGGACUGAUGAGGUGAGCAUCUAGUGUCCUUAUUUAAAUACAUUUUCCAUGCUGCAGUGCUAGUGGUAAUGAUUGUUCUAGCAAAAAUGAACUGGAAUAGCUAAUUCAAUAACAACAUUGGAAUUUGUGGAACAUGUACAAAAACAAUAAAGUAACCCCAAGAAAGAA